AACAGAAAUUUGAUCUUAUUACUGAUCAUGUCGGACUAACCUGGUUUAUUAACAAAUCCUCCCUGACUGGACGAAGCAUGAGGUGGAUAACAACUCUUCAAGAAUAUGACUUUGAUAUCAUUUAUAAACCAGGACGAAAACACUCUAACGUGGAUGCGUUAUCUCGAAUUCCAAACCAACGAGCAGAAAAGAAGAAACAACAGAAAUUAAACAGAACAUUUAAUCAACAAAUUCCUUCUACCUCACGAAUUGUCAAUCGAAGAAAAUAA